CGCUUCGACGGAUUGACUGUCAGCAGCUUCGACGGAUUGACUGUCAGCAAAGAGCUUCGCUUCGACGGAUUGACUGUCAGCAGAGUUUCUAUUCGACGGAUUGUCUGUCAGCGAGAUGGCGCCUAAAUCAAAGCCAUCAGAAGAAGACUACGGAGGUCUCGGGGAAGAAGGCGACCCAGCUGCUGCGCAGCCGGGAGGAGGACCAAACAUCAAAGCUCCAGCCUACGACCCCAAGAGUAUGACCAUGAAGGACUACAAGCGCAGGGUCGCGGUGUUUCGCAUUCGCACUCGCCUGCCCGUCGAGAAGCAGGCGGCGGAGCUCUACGCCGAGUUGCAGGGCGACGCCUGGGUGCACGCGGAGGACCUGGAUCCGAUGACUUUGCAGAACGCCGGAGGAGUUCAGAUGCUGCUCGACUUCCUAGCCGACAAGUUCGACGAUGAGAAGGUGAUGGAGUUGGGAAGCGAGCUCAAGACAUUCUUCACCAAGAUGCGCCGCGAAAUCGGCGAGGAGAUACGUAACUACAUCAACCGCUUCGACUCGCAGGUCUCGCGACUGAAGACGUUGCAGAUCGAGUUCCCCGAUCAGGCGCUCGCGUGGCUGUUCGUGUGGUGGCUGGGCCCGCCGCCAGAUAGAGAAGCUGGAGUGCUCGGCGCCAAUCAGAACAAGUACGAGCUCAAGCCGCUGCAGAAACAGACGUUGCUGCAUGUAAAGGACGCUAGAGCGCUGGACAAGUUCAACCCCCGGAGGCCCGUUCCAGCACAGCCCGCUACAGCCAAGGGAGGAGCCAGACAGCGACGCUGGGGAGCUCACCUCACCGAGAACGACGAGGAGGACGGCAACUUCGAGGCAUUCGAGACUCAAGCGGAGGACGAUGACCUGCCGGAGGAGCUACUCGAGGAAGAGGACGAAGCGGAGGCCGAAGUUUUCAAGCUGGAGGAGAUGCUAGCCAGGGCGAAGGAUCGCCAGAAGGACGCCAAGCAGGCGCGAGGUUUUUAUCAUCGAGAUCGGCUGCCAGGACACAAAGGCGGUGGACGCGGUCCCAGUUCAUCAAGUGCUGGAGGCAAGGGCGGUUCAGAACGCAUCAAGAAGCUGAAGGCCAGGACCCACUGCGCGGUCUGCCAGAAGAUCGGGCACUGGAAGGGAGACCCGGAGUGCCCUGGACCGCCGAAGAAAGCUCACACGACGACCGCCGACGACAACCACAGCUUAGAGGACGAUCAGGCCGCGGAACAGUUCUACACCAGCUGGCACGACAAGGAGCAGCAGAUCGCGACGCAGAGCUUCUUCAUCAACAGCGUGAUGAUGACGGACGCGGUCAACGUGAUAAUGGCUACGAAGGAGGAGCUCCUGCAACAGUGCGGGGGCGAGCUGCUGCCCGACUCGCGCUGCGCGAAGUCCGUGGGCGGCCAGGUCUGGUGCGACGACAUCAAGAAGAAGCUGGCCAAGCUGGGAUUGAAGCCGAUCGAGUUCAACGAACGCGAAGCCGUCAGAUUCGGAGCUGGGAAGCCAAUCAUGAGCACCAUGGGCGCACUGAUCCCUGUUGCGGUACGCGGAAGACACUUCUCGUUGAGGAUCUCGAUAGUGCCCUGCUUGGUGCCCGCGCUUUUAUCUCAGAAGGCUCUCGGUCAACUGGGCGCUGUGCAUGAUCGCGAGGUGGGGGCUGGAGAGAGCACCAUGGCGUUCAGGAAGCUGGGAGUCUCCGACCUCGAGCUCGGGCAGACCAAGAGCGGCCAUCCGAGCUUCAACGUGCUGGAGUUCGACCGGGCCCAUCUUUUCACACUCAGGAACGUCUACGUGGGCCUCCAGAGAUCCGCGAGGCAUUUCGACUUCAGCAUCGAGAACGACCCGAACUACUACACGAGAGACUUCAGCAUCGAGAGCGACCCGAGUCACAACGCGAUAAACUUCAAGGAAAGCGACCCGAAUUAG